AUGGGUAAAAAGAUAAAUGUUUUUGAAUUAAUUGAUGAAGAAGAUGGCUAUUUUUCAAGUAAAGCAGAGGAAGCAUUAAAAGAAAUAUUUUCAAGAUACGAUAAAGAUGGUGAUCAAUGUUUAUCAGAUGAUGAAUUAGAUGAUUUUGCAAUUGGUUGCAAUGGUAAACCAUUUGAUAAAGCAUCAGUCUCUGAAAUUAAAGAAUGUUUUGAUUGUUUUGAUGAACGAUUAACAAUUAAAGGUUUCAUGGAAAUGUAUUAUAUGCAAACUAUCUCUGAACCCGCCGAAACUUGGAAAGAUAUUGAAAAACAUGGUUAUGAUAGACAAUGUAAUUUAAUUAAAAAUAAAGAAGAAAAUAAAAAAGAUGAACAAGAAGAAAAGGAAGAACCAAAAAUAUAA